AGCAGCAACAAGCAGCUGUGUCGGCUUGCAUUCCAGGCAAGACGAAGGUGUUGCAGCAAUAGCAGCAGAAACUGCAGGGCAGUAGUAGCAGUAGCACUUGGAGCAGGAUCGGAUCUGCUUAUCCGCUCUUCCCUUCGAUUAUUCUAGUACUCUCUUAGUUAAUUAGAGAGGGAAGGAGAAGGAAAUUAUUUUCUUCAUACCAUCACUUCUGUUCGGGUCCGAAAUCGAACAUGGAUCAAUGUAAAGGAGUGGAUGAAUCAGUAUCGGUACUCCAUACCUAUCUCCCAGAUAUACAAAGUGCGAUUUGUGAAAAGUUUCAAGGCGCCGAAUGCAGUAUGGAAGUGUCACCCGAACUUACUGAACCACCAUUCAACUGCGCAUUCCAUGCAUUAGGAAAAAAAAUUCAUUUGCUGCCCUCAGGUUCUGUGAUACCAAAGGAUUUUUAUCAAGUUUCUGCCACGUCGGAAGGCGUGGUUGUUACGGAUGGGCUUGCUAGUGAAUAUUUACAUUUGGUGUUGGAAGGUGGUGAUGACUGGAAAACACCAUUGCAAAAAGUUUUCAACCAGAAACUUGGAAUCAGUUGGUGCUUUCUAGUUAUGGAACUGCAGUCGGGUACCGCUCAAUUUCAUAUGCUCCAUGCGCAAACAAAACCGAUCAAAAGUUAUGCGGAGUGUACUAUUCUAUGGUUAAGUGAACUGAAGCAAACAUCAGCAUCGCAACUAUUACCAAAACCGAAAACAAGCAAAAAAACUGUUAAAAAGUCAUUUGCGGACAAAAGUGUUGCCGAUACAGAAACUAGUGGUAAAACAACUGCAAUGAAGACAAUCAAAAACAAUAACGGACAGAAAAUUGUCCGUAAGAAACUUGCUCCAGCAGUAACAAUGCCACCAACAACGAUUGGAAUUGCGGACGAGGAUACGAAAACCGGAAACGACAUUUCUGUUAACAUUAAGAAAGCAGUAGUUUCGAAGGCAAGAAAUUCAUUAACAAACACUGUGGAUAGUGAGAACUAUAUAAAUGGUGACGGUUCCGCUGAUUCAGGAGUUUCGCUUGUUGAUUCGGAUACCGAAAGAUCAUCAAAAUGUACAAAAGGCAAUGAAUUGGAUGAACACGAACGCAUUCCAUCAAUCGUGAAACAAACUGAAUCAAUUAAUGGUGCUGAAUUUGCGGUACCUCUUCCGGUUCCGACAUCUAAAGUAAACCUAAAAACGACUGAUAACGAUAACAUCAGUACUUCUGAUAAUACUGCUAACAUUGUUACUUUUGCCGCAGGUAACACACUAACAAGCCACAGCGAGCUGCCUGCAUCACUCAUAGUGCGUCGCAAUAACAUCAAAUACGAAAUGAAUAAGAAAGUGGGAAGAAUUCUCGAAGAAGAGGAGGAAGAAGAAUCAGAAGACUGGGAUAGGAUUGCUGUAGAGUUAACUAAUGGUCACAGGAUGUCAGAUCGUUACUUGAAUGGGCGUGAUUCGUUGAUUCCUAUGAGACGUUCUGCGCCAAUGUACAUCAACUCAACUUUUCCGAGGAGCUUCUUCUCUAAUGGCUCUGACAGCUUGCAAAGGCUUCCUUCCAGGGAUGAUAUUUCAGUAAUACGAAGGUUUGCCGAUGAAGAAAUGCCUCCAGUACAAGUACUUCAGUUGGUUCUCAAAAAAUUUUCCUACAAAGAGUUAGGCGAGCUGAGACAAGUUCAUCCGCACUGGGAUGAGCUAUGUGGACAAGCACUGAACAGUGGUUAUCAUGCACUAGUUAAAAAAGCGAACAAAUUAUUGACGGAUUGUCAACGACGUGUACAUUCUGAGCCUGAUCUCCACAACGUACUGUCUACUUUAACCAGUGUACAAGUGCAUAUUCUCAAUCCCGUCGAUAUAUUACGUCCAGCUAUGGAUGAAGGUGUUUGUUGCUUCCCGUAUGGUGAAUUACUCGAUCAAACUUUCCACAUAGUGGAAAAAGCAAAAGAAAUGAUGGAAAGUGGAAAAGAUAUAACAAUCAACUGGAAGCCAAUAGCCGAACUAGCAAAGCGUGCGCAAUUACAUUACAAAUCAAACUUGGCAGCACUGAUGGAAGAGAAAUUGGGUGAAGUGAUCAGACUGAAGGCGUUGCAAUCCCUUCAGCGAAUAGACAGUUUCAUGAUCGACUCAACAGUUAAUAAACUUGAGAAGGCAACCUAUAUGGCACGAGAUGAGCUGGAAUGGGAAAUCGAGCAACUGAGACAUCAAAAUGCCCAACUGAAAAAGGAUAACCGUGAACUGAAAAAAGACUGCAUGAGAUUAGAAGCAAGAGUGGAAAUCAUCGAAAAUAAAUUCAAAACAAUGGCCCGAUUGCUACAGUAAGCCCGGUCACGGUCAAGCUACCAUCUAUUGUGAUGGUGAUAAUUGCAAUUACUGCUGUUAUUUGUUAUUAGAUUCGUUUCCUAAAAGUGGAUUGAACUGGAUCUUAAACAGAAUAUAAUGUACUUGCCGAAUGUGCAAAA